AUGAAUGUUGUUAUUCAGGAAGCUGGUGCUGUAGCCAUAGCCCGUUUAGCAUCGUGGAGAGCCACCAAUGAGAAUGACACUCCAGAAGCGCUCAGAUGGCUUGACCGAACGCUCAUUAGAUUGUGUCAAAAAUUCGGCGAGUAUGCUAAAGACGAUCCCAAUUCGUUCCGACUAUCGGAUAAGUUCUCGCUGUUCCCACAAUUCAUGUUCCAUUUGAGAAGAUCACAGUUCCUACAGGUGUUCAACAACUCGCCAGAUGAAACAGCAUAUUAUAGGCAUAUUUUAUUCUCAGAAAAUGUACUUGAAAGCACAACGAUGAUCCAACCAGUACUGUUCAGUUACUCGUUCAGCGGUCCACCAGAACCAGUACUUUUGGACACGUCGUCCAUAUUGCCUGAUAGAAUUUUACUUAUGGAUGACUAUUUCCAUGUGCUGAUCUAUCACGGACAAACGAUUGCGGCAUGGAAGAAGAUGAACUAUCAUGAGGAUCCACAGUAUGCGACAUUCAAGCAGCUUCUUGAAGCCCCGGUGGGAGAUGCGACAGCCAUUCUUCAAGAGCGAUGGCCAAUGCCGCGAUACAUAGUAACGGAGUAUGAGGGAUCUCAGGCUCGCUUCUUGCUCUCCAAGGUCAAUCCAUCUCUAACACAUAAUAAUCCUUACGCAUCGGAGGGCGGUGCUCCAGUAUUCACUGACGAUGUGUCAUUGCAAGUUUUCAUGGAGCAUCUCAAGAAACUCGCGUCUUCGUCAUCCACGUAA